AAAAACAUUAACCAAAAAAACCAAUCCAAACCACCCCUUCUUCUACUUUGCCCUUUCUUAUAUUCCAAACGUUGCUGUUAUUGUUUUACUUUGUUAUUGUAAUUAACGGACCGAACCAUUGGACUCUCUCUCUCUCUAUUCUUUGCCUCUGGGGUUUUAGGAGACAUCGAAAUCACUCUGUCGGAGAGAGGGUCUUUCUGGCUCUCUCUCUCUCUCUCUCUCUCUCUCUUUCUCUUUCUCUCUCUAACUCUCUCUCUCUCUGAGCCCAAAAAAGAAAAGAACUUUAGCUCUUUACUAUGUGCUUCUAGUACUCGAAACAGACUCAUCGACCUUCACUGGAAUUGAGGUUGUAGGGGGGUGCUAGGAUGGCGUGGCCGGAAAAAGUUGUUGGGAAUGGGAGAGAGGGUGACCCGGUUAGAGAUAAUGGUUUCUUGAACGGGUCACAGUCGUCUCCUAGUACCAGCGGCUCUCUUGUGGGGGUUGUUCCGCUGCACAAGAGGUUUGAAGGGAAAGAUGCCAUUGCUUAUGCUAACAUUCUCCGCUCGAGGAACAAGUUUGUCGAUGCCCUUGCUCUUUAUGAGAGUGUAUUGGAGAAGGAUAGUAGUAAUGUGGAAGCUCACAUUGGUAAAGGGAUAUGCUUGCAGAUGCAGAAUAUGACAAAGCUUGCGUUCGAAAGCUUUGCUGAGGCCAUCAGAUUGGAGCCAGAGAAUGCUUGUGCCCUCACUUAUUGUGGUAUUUUGUACAAAGAGGAGGGUUGCCUAGUGGAGGCUGCUGAGUCGUAUCAGAAAGCUCUGAGAGCAGACCCUGCAUACAAACCAGCUGCAGAAUGCCUAGCCAUUGUCUUAACAGAUAUUGGAACUGGCUUUAAGCUUGCUGGGAGCGUUCAGGAGGGAAUUCAGAAGUAUUAUGAAGCACUCAAAAUAGAUCCACACUAUGCUCCUGCAUAUUAUAAUCUUGGUGUUGUCUAUUCUGAGAUGAUGCAAUUCGACUUGGCCCUUAACUGCUAUGAGAAGGCUGUAUUGGAGAGACCUAUGUAUGCUGAAGCAUAUUGCAACUUGGGAGUCAUAUACAAAAAUCGUAAUGACUUGGAGUCCUCUAUUGCUUGUUAUGAGAGGUGUCUAGCUGUAUCACCCAACUUUGAGAUUGCAAAGAAUAAUAUGGCAAUAGCCCUGACAGAUUUAGGAACAAAGGUUAAAUUGGAGGGUGACAUCAAUCAAGGUGUGGCAUAUUACAAAAAGGCUUUGUAUUAUAAUUGGCAUUAUGCUGAUGCUAUGUAUAAUUUAGCGGUUGCUUAUGGUGAAAUGCUUGAGUUUGACAUGGCUAUUGUUUUCUACGAACUUGCCAUCCAUUUCAAUCCCCAUUGUGCGGAGGCAUGCAACAAUCUGGGAGUGAUAUAUAAAGAUCGAGACAACCUUGAUAAAGCUGUAGAGUGUUAUCAAUUGGCUUUGUCAAUCAAACCGAACUUCUCCCAAUCAUUGAACAAUCUUGGUGUUGUUUUCACUGUCCAGGGUAAAAUGGAUGCCGCUGCGAAUUUGAUAGAGAAAGCUAUCAUUGCAAAUCCCACAUACGCAGAGGCAUAUAAUAACUUGGGGGUUCUCUAUAGAGAUGCUGGCAAUAUAACUCUUGCUAUUGAUGCUUAUGAGCAAUGCCUUAAGAUAGAUCCUGACUCUCGAAAUGCAGGCCAGAAUCGAUUGCUUGCGAAGAAUUACAUAAAUGAAGGACAUGAUGAUAAACUUUUUGAGGCUCACAGGGAGUGGGGUAAGCGUUUCAUGAGGUUAUUUCCACAGUACACAUCGUGGGACAACCAGAAGGAUCUUGAACGACCGCUUGUGAUUGGAUAUGUAUCUCCUGAUUUUUUCACUCAUUCUGUAUCAUAUUUUAUAGAAGCUCCCCUCAUCUAUCACAACUAUGAAAAGUACAAGGUGGUUGUUUAUUCAGCAGUGGUGAAGGCAGAUGCAAAAACUAAUAGGUUUAAAGAGAGAGUCAUAAAAAAGGGUGGGCUUUGGAGGGAUAUAUACGGGAUUGAUGAAAAGAAGGUGGCAAGCAUGGUGAGAGAAGAUAAAGUUGACAUCCUUGUAGAACUUACUGGUCAUACAGCUAACAAUAAGUUGGGAAUGAUGGCUUGCCGACCUGCACCCAUCCAGGUGACUUGGAUUGGCUACCCAAAUACAACCGGUUUGCCUACGAUUGAUUAUAGAAUCACUGAUUCACUGGCAGAUCCUCCUGAUACAAAGCAAAAGCAUGUUGAAGAGUUGGUUCGAUUACCAGAAUGCUUCCUUUGUUAUACACCUUCCCCUGAGGCUGGGCCAGUCUGCCCAGCUCCUGCUCUUUCCAAUGGCUUUAUUACAUUUGGUAGCUUUAAUAAUCUAGCUAAGAUUACCCCUAAGGUGUUGCAAGUUUGGGCAAGGAUUUUAUGUGCUGUUCCAAAUUCUCGCCUUGUGGUGAAAUGUAAACCUUUUUGUUGUGAUAGUGUAAGAGAGAGAUUUCUUUCAACAUUGGAGCAACUGGGUUUAGAAUCAUUACGUGUUGAUCUUCUGCCACUGAUUCUUCUUAACCAUGAUCAUAUGCAAGCCUAUUCUCUUAUGGACAUUAGCCUGGACACGUUUCCAUAUGCUGGAACCACCACAACAUGUGAGUCUUUGUACAUGGGAGUCCCAUGUGUUACUAUGGCUGGAUCAGUGCAUGCUCACAAUGUUGGCGUGAGUCUUCUCAGCAAAGUUGGUUUGGGACAUCUGGUUGCCAAAAAUGAAGACGAAUAUGUCCAAUUGGCACUGCAGUUGGCCUCUGACGUUACAGCCCUCUCAGAUUUAAGGGCGGCUCUCAGAGACCGUAUGUCUAAGUCCCCCGUCUGUGAUGGAGAAAACUAUAUCCUUAGUCUUGAGUCAACAUACCGAAACAUGUGGCAGAGGUACUGCAAAGGCGAUGUGCCAUCUUCACGGCACAUAGAAAUGCAACAGCCUGUGGUUACUGAAGAACCGGAUGUUAAAAAUUCAGAGCCAACAAGGAUUACAAAUUCAAGAGAAAGCCCUCCUGGGCCUAUCAAGAGUAAUGGAUAUAGUCCACUUACAUCAUCAAUGCCUAAUGUCUCUACUUGUGAAGAAAAUGGGGGUCCAUUGAAUCAGAAUAUUAACUCAGGCAAGCUGAGCUGAACUUGAAUUUAUCUUUAUCCAAGGAAUUUGCUAAAGAUUGGAUGGAUUCAGUGGUGUAUUACCUUUGUUGGGGUUAUGCUACUGUGGUGUAUAUUUAUAGUUGGCUGCUUCUGCUGAAAUUGAUGGUGGGUGGUAACUGUGAGUUGCAACCAAGGGGCACCUUUCCAUAGGAUCACAUUUUUUUCGGGAAAGUAUGUGGGCGGUAGUCGAGAGAUUUGAUUUUUUUUAUGUGCAAGAAAUAGGAUAUAGAGGAAAGCAAAGAGGUGAUGAUGAUAUUAGCUGAUACUUAGCUGUAUUGCAAUUUUUUAACCUGAAUUAUAGAAAUUAGUUGUGGCUUGUAAAUUAUAAGGAAACCUUUUGCUUUUGUUUU